UCCACCAUUAUAUGGGAGUUAUAGGGCCCUGAGUGUGGUAGGGUGCGAUUUCCGCCGAUUUCGGUUUUCGGGAAAGUGCGUGUUACAAUGGACUCGAAGUGCAUAGAAGCACUUCAGAAAAUGAAGCUUCCUCGUCGAUAAGUUUGCUGUAUACAGUGGAUAACUCGAAGUGAUUAAAAGCAUGAUUUUAUGAUAAUUGCAUGAAGGUUGGAGAGUAUAUCAACAGAUAUCCAAUUUUAAAGCAAUCUGGAGCUUGAAAUAGAUUUUGCAGUGCUAUUUAAGGAGGCUCAACACAAUUGGUCCACUAAGUGGCCUGUGUUUUCUGAGAAGCUAAAAGCGGAAUUGGUUAGGAAUGGUGUUAAAGAAGACAGUCUAGGUAGGAAAGCAUGGCGUACCACUAGGGAAGAAAUUCAGGAAGGGCUUCUUGUCCAUUUGAAGUAAUUAGCAGAAGUAUGCAACAUUACUUUGUAGUGUACUACCAAAUUUAGCUUACUAAAUCACUUAUUUCGAGUUAUUGGUGACCUACAGAAUACUUUGGAAGGGAUACGUAAAUCCACACAGCACGGGAAGACAACUACAACCUUUUCCUCUAAUUGUGGGAGAGCCAAUUUAAUACAUGUCAUCAAGUUUUGUUAUUUUUGAUGAUGGACCUAUUCGAGUGGAG